CUCUGCCUUAACCACUGGCUUGCAGCAAUAGAUAGAGUGUUUUGAACUUCCGACUCAGGAGGCUCGACGACUCGCGUGAUAUUUAACCGUCUUAGCGCAGCUCAGGAGAGGCAACCCCAAUCCCACGAAAAGGUUGAACGGAACCCCCUCCCUCCACCCUCCACUGCCAGACAAAGUCUCAUGCUAUAAAUACAAACCAACGCACCCCUUUUCUCCGCCCACGCUAUACCUCCUUUUCCCUCUCCCUCUUCCUCUCCCCAACGACGGAGAGACUACCCGAAUCGGGCAAAUUCUCGUGGGGGGCCGGUACUUCUGCUCUCUCCUCUUCUCCUAGUGCCACACCUCCCUCCGUUCGUCUCCCCUCUUCCACUUUUGCCUUUGCAAGUCCCAAACGCUUCCUACGACGUUGACCGGCAAACUCCGCGGCCAGUAACCUGCAAGUGCUUUGUUUCUUUCCUCUCUGCUAUAUGUUGCUGCUGGUGGAUCUGUAGGUGCCCAAGUUUCGGUUCCCAGAUCCGCUCGCCACGCCUAGUCAACGGUAGUCGUUCACUGCCCUGAGGUGUGAUCGAAGCGCCGAGGGACUUCCCGGAGGCACAAGUUGUUCGAGGUCGAGCAAUCCGGUUUCUCGCAGCCACCGCGAUGGGACUAUAGCGCGGAACUCGGGGUUGAGGUGGAAUCGUGAAAGGAGAGUCCACGAAGCAAGGAGUCUCUGUUUCGUCUUCAAAAGGGAAUACAAUGGCAUUAUCUAGCAAGGCCGAUAAGAAAGCGGUGUUGGACGUCGCGUCGUGGUUGUUCAACAUUGUCACCUCUGUUGGAAUCAUCAUCGUAAACAAGGCCUUAAUGGCCACAUAUGGUUUUACUUUCGCAACUACAUUGACCGGACUGCAUUUUGCUACCACAACCUUGAUGACCGUGGUCCUUAGGUGGAUGGGUUACAUCCAAGCCACUCAUCUGCCACUCUCAGAGCUUCUCAAAUUUGUUCUUUUUGCAAAUUUUUCGAUUGUUGGCAUGAAUAUCAGUCUAAUGUGGAACUCUGUGGGAUUUUAUCAGAUUGCAAAGCUGAGUAUGAUUCCAGUUUCUUGUUUGCUGGAAGUGGUAUUGGACAAUAUGCGUUACUCCAGAGGCACGAAGCUGAGUAUCCUUGUGGUUCUCCUAGGUGUUGGUGUCUGCACCGUCACUGAUGUCAGUGUGAAUGCCAAGGGGUUUGUUGCAGCUAUUAUUGCUGUUUGGAGCACUUCAUUGCAACAAUAUUAUGUACAUUUCUUGCAACGGAAGUAUGCACUUGGAUCAUUCAACCUGUUGGGCCAUACUGCACCAGUUCAGGCUGGAACAUUGCUCUUUGUAGGGCCCUUCUUGGAUUUCUGGUUGACAAAUAAAAGAGUUGAUUUGUAUAACUUCAAUAGUACCUCCGUGUUCUUCAUUAUCUUGUCAUGCACAAUAGCGGUGGGCACCAACCUAAGCCAGUUUAUCUGUAUCGGAAGAUUCACAGCUGUUUCAUUCCAAGUUCUUGGUCACAUGAAAACUAUCCUGGUUUUGUUUUUCGGCUUUGUGAUCUUCGGCAGAGAAGGUCUUAAUUUGCAUGUAGUUUUUGGCAUGAUUUUAGCAAUACUUGGGAUGAUCUGGUACGGCAAUGCAUCUUCUAAACCUGGAGGCAAAGAACGUUGGACUGCUCCUCUUCCAGCUGAUAAAUCUCCAAAAGUUGCUAGCUUGUCGCAAUCUGGAGAAUUUGAUGAAAAGGUUUAGCAACCAAUGGAGAAAAUCUAUGCUAUAUAUCUUGACAGUACGGGAGAGCUAUGCUGGUUAGAAUCACGAGCUUUAAAGUGAAAGUCUAGCAUGGUCCGCAUUCCUUCAUGUCGUAUGGUAUGCUUUCGUCUCAUUGCUUUCCUGCUGAAUGGUUGCAGAUCCGUUAGUGCACUUCCCAGAAGAUUGCAAAUUGUGCUCAUUUGUGAAGCAGAUUGCUCUCCUUUCCGGUACUGAGGACCAAAGGUAUUGAAACAUUUCCGGUUAGGCAGCCCCUAAAGAUUUUCUCAACAAGUUAAGAAACUCGUGUAUUUUCUUUAUAAUUAUUUGGAUCACAGGUUACUUGAUAUAUUUUUUUCCUUUUCA